UACGAAACAGCACAGUGAAAUGUUAUAAACAUUUAAAAAAAUAUAGGACUGAAUUCUAAUUGUAAGACAAAUAACUUCAGAAAUGGCCUUAGAAACAUCGACAUGGCUAAAUUUAUACUUCGUGGAGAAGAUUCUGCGAAAGUCAGAAAACGACAAUUCGAUUGAGGUGAUCGAUAUAUUUUCGAAUCCAGCCGCGAUAAAGGGUGACAACUAUCUCAGUGAUAUGAUUAGAAUUACUGCCGAAUUUUCGCGCGAUUCUAACAAUAAAGUUAAAGAGAAAAAAUCAAUUAUUAUCAAACUCUCACCUACACAUGAAAGUGUUCAACAAAAAAUGGUCAUACAAUUAGGCGUUUUUCACACCGAGAUGUUGAUGAUGUCGGAUACUUUGGAUAAAAUGAAUAAGUUACUAAGGCCGAAGCACCGCUUGAGUGGGAAAAUCCUCUAUAUGCAAAAUGAAAAUCCAGUACUUCUGGUGAUCGAAGAUUUGGCGACUCUCGGCUUUCGAAUGGCAAAUCGUCUGUCUGGUCUUGACUUAGAUCAUUCCAUAUUAGCAAUUCGCGCACUUGCCAGAUUUCAUGCAGCCUCCGUAGCCUUAUGCGAAAAGGAGCCAAAGCAAAAAAACAUGUAUAGGAAAGGAAUGAUCCAUAGUGAGAAUCCGUCAGAAAUGAAAGAUAUUUUCAUUAAAAGCACUAAAGCUUUAUCAAACGAGAUUGUGAAUUGGCCAGAAUUGAAGAAUACUAGAUAUUCGGAAAAAAUUGGUAAACUUGCCGAUCACAUAUAUGAAAUAGGAUUGAAAGCAACCAAGUUCUGUGAGGAUGAAUUUAAUGUUAUUAAUCAUGGUGAUUGUCAUGUGAAUAAUAUGUUAUUCAAAUAUGAUAAUUAUGGCAAACCUACAGAUCAAAUUUUUGUAGACUUCCAAUUAUGCGUCUACACAUCGCCGGCAUUUGAUCUUCUUUACUUUCUCAAUUCAAGUAUUUCCUUCGAUGUCUUUGAAAACAAGAGAGAUUUUCUAUUAAACGAAUAUCUUAGCACUUUGUCAACGACUAUGAAGCAAUUGAACUGCAAGACGCAGCCGCCCACCAUGAAGGAUCUGAAGGAUACUCUAAAACGAAGAGCUAGCUUUGGAAUGAUGUCAUCUUUUACUGUUUUACAGUUUAUGCUGUGCGAUAAGAAUGAAGCGGUAAAUUUGGAUGAAAUGUUAGGCACUGGUACUUAUAUAAAUCCAGGUUUAAAGAAUGAGAGUUACAAGAAAAUGUUGAUAAAAAGACUACCAUUGUAUGACGAAUGGGGUCUACUGGAUCUCUAAUAAUACUUCACGUUAGUGAUAAAAAAAUAAAUCAUAGAAAAAAAUGUAGGAAAUAAUGAUAUUAGAUGUAAAUAGUUAUAACAAAUUCAU